AUGAAAUGGAACACAGCGCAAUCCGGCUGCUAUAAAAGCUGUGCAUCGCUUGGAGUGGAUCAUCAGUUGGCAUCCAGCUUCCUCUUCAGCUACGUGAAGUUCCCCAGUUUUCAAACCCCAAGCAAGAAACUUCCAAAAAUGAAGAUCUUUGUGUGUCUCCUGGCUGCCUUGGUUGCCACCUCAUCGGCUGGCUUCAUCGGUGGAUCCGGCGGCGGUGGUGGUGGUGGCGGUGGCUACAGCUAUGGCAUCGGAGGAGGAGGCAGCGGUGGCCACCAGGAGGUGAAGACUAUCCAGGUCAUCCACCAGGAGGGUGGCGGCUACUCUGGCGGCGGCGGUCAUGGCUAUUCUGGCGGCCAUGGAGGCUACUCUGGCGGCGGCCACCAGGAGGUGAAGGUCGUUAAGGUCAUCCAACAGGAGACUGGCGGUCAUGGUGGCUAUUCCGGCGGCCAUGGCGGUGGCUAUUCCGGCGGUCAUGGUCACCAGGAGGUGAAGGUCGUUAAGGUCAUCCACGAGGAGGCACAUGGACAUGGUCAUGCUGGCGGCGGUGGCUUCUCCGGCCAUGGACACGGACAUGGUGGCCAUCAGGAGGUGAAAUUGGUCAAGGUCAUCCACGAGGAGGGCGGCCAUGGCGGCCAUGGACAUGGCGGCUUCUCUGGCGGUCACGGAGGUCACCAGGAGGUCAAGACUGUGAAAGUGAUCCACCAGGAGGCAGGCGGUCACGGCGGAUACUCUGGCGGACAUGGCGGUUAUUCCGGCGGUCACGGUGGUCACCAGGAGGUCAAGACCGUGAAGGUCAUCCAUGAGGAGGGACACGCCCUGGGCGGCGGUGGCGGUUAUGCCGGUGGCUUCUCUGGCCAUUCGCAUGGACAUGGUGGCCACCAGGAAGUGAAGACCAUCAAGGUCAUCCACGAGGAGGGCGGUCACAGCCAUGGCGGUCACGAUCACGGUUACGCUCAUGCUCACGCUCACGAUCACGGUCACUCGCACGGUGGAUUCGAGGAGGUCAAGACCAUCCAGGUCAUUCACGAGGAGGGCGGCCACGCCCCCAGCAACGAGUACCUGCCGCCCAGCAAUGAGUACCUGCCCCCCGUAUCCGCUCCACAGCCCGGAUAUCUGCCCCCAUCCUCCAGCUGGAAGUGAAGUGGGAAAUUCAAUUCGAUUCGAUUUGAUUCGAAUUGAUUCCACUCGAUUCGAGCCAUACUGAUCCUUGAGUCUUGUUAAUUAGUUUUAGGCCUCCUUUUUUUUCCCACCCAUUUUUUUUUUAAUGUUGUACCCAUAUUACCUCACUCGUUGAACAAAUAUACCAUCUGUAAAUUAUAAA